AUUACAGUUGGAGCUAGAGGGAGAGAAACAGAGAAGGGAACUACGGGGGAGGACUGGAGGCCGUGGACACACUUUUUAUUCGAUGUGUAGGAUUUUCAUCACGGAUUGACACAAGAGAAGAAGUUUUCCAGAGCUAUGGGGAAUCCCCAGUGGGCACUCCUCCUCCUUGGCUGUCUCCUCACAGGGCCGGGCCUCAUACUGUGCCAGCUUUCAUUACCCUCCAUCCUUCCAAAUGAGAAUGAAAAGGUUGUGCAGCUGAAUUCGUCCUUUUCUCUGAGAUGCUUUGGGGAGAGUGAAGUGAGCUGGAAGUACCCCAUUUCUGAAGACGAGAACCUCAACGUAGAAAUCCAAAAUGAAGAAAACAACAGUGGCCUUUUUGUGACAGUGCUGGAAGUGGCUGGUGCCUCCGCAGCCCACACAGGAAUGUACACUUGCUAUUACAACCACAGUCAGAUGGAAGACAGUGAGGUCGUGGGCAGGCACAUUUAUAUCUAUGUGCCAGAUCCAGAUGUAGCCUUCGUACCUCCGGGAGGGACGGAUUAUUUAGUCAUCGCGGAGGAGGAUGACUCUGCCCUCAUACCCUGCCGUACAACUGACCCAGAGACUGCAGUAACCUUGCGCAGUGGUGGUGAGGUGAUUCAUGCCUCGUAUGACAGCAAACAGGGCUUUAACGGAACGUUCACUGGAGGGCCCUAUAUCUGUGAGGCCACCAUCAAAGGGAAGACUUUCCAGACCAUCCCUUUUAACGUCUAUGCUUUAAAAGCCACAUCAGAACUUGACCUAGAAAUGGAUGCCGUGAAAACUGUGUAUAAGUCAGGGGAGACGAUUGUGGUCACUUGUGCAGUCUUUAACAACGAGGUGGUUGACCUUCAGUGGACUUACCCCGGAGAAGUGAAAGGCAAAGGCAUCACAAUGCUCGAGGAAAUCAAAGUUCCAUCCAUCAAACUGGUAUACACUUUGACAGUCCCUGAGGCCACAGUGAAAGACAGUGGAGAUUAUGAAUGUGCUGCCCGCCAGGCCACCAAGGAGGUCAAAGAAAUGAAGAAAGUCACCAUUUCUGUUCAUGAGAAAGGGUUCAUUGAAAUCAAACCCAACUUCAGCCAGUUGGAAGCUGUCAACCUGCAUGAAGUCAAACAUUUUGUCGUGAACAUACAGGCCUACCCUCCUCCCAAGAUAUCCUGGCUGAAGGACAACCUGACGCUGAUUGAAAACCUGACUGAGAUCACCACUGAUGUAGAACGAAUUCAGGAGAUAAGGUAUCGAAGUAAGUUAAAGCUGAUUCGUGCUAAGGAAGAAGACAGUGGCCAUUAUACUAUCAUAGUUCAAAAUGAAGAUGAUGUGAAGAGCUAUACUUUUGAACUAUUAACUCAAGUUCCCUCCUCCAUUCUGGACUUUGUUGAUGACCACCAUGGCUCUACUGGAGGACAGACUGUGAGGUGCACGGCUGGAGGAACCCCUCUUCCUGACAUUGAGUGGAUGAUUUGCAAGGAUAUUAAAAAAUGUAAUAAUGAAACUUCAUGGACGAUUUUGGCCAAUAAUGUCUCAAAUGCCCUCACUGAGAUCCAUGCCCGAGACAGGAGUACCGUGGAGGGCCAAGUGACCUUCACCAAAGUGGAGGAGACCAUUGCAGUUCGAUGCCUGGCUAAGAAUCCCCUUGGGGUUGAGAAUCGGGAACUGAAGCUGGUGGCUCCCACUCUGCGUUCUGAGCUCACAGUGGCAGCUGCAGUCUUGGUGCUGUUGGUGAUUGUGAUCAUCUCACUUAUUGUCCUGGUUGUCAUUUGGAAACAGAAACCGAGGUAUGAAAUUCGUUGGAGGGUCAUCGAAUCAAUCAGCCCUGAUGGACAUGAAUAUAUUUAUGUGGACCCCAUGCAGUUGCCUUAUGACUCGAGAUGGGAGUUUCCAAGAGAUGGACUAGUGCUUGGUCGUAUCCUGGGAUCUGGUGCGUUUGGGAAAGUGGUUGAAGGAACGGCCUAUGGAUUAAGCCGGUCUCAGCCCGUGAUGAAAGUGGCAGUGAAGAUGCUAAAACCCACAGCCAGAUCCAGUGAGAAACAAGCUCUCAUGUCUGAGCUGAAGAUAAUGACUCACCUGGGGCCACAUUUAAACAUUGUAAACUUGUUGGGAGCCUGUACCAAAUCAGGACCAAUUUACAUCAUCACUGAGUACUGCUUCUAUGGGGAUUUGGUCAACUAUUUGCAUAAGAAUAGAGAUAGCUUCCUGAGUCGCCACCCAGAGAAGCCAAAAAAAGAGUUGGACAUCUUUGGAUUGAACCCUGCUGAUGAAAGCACACGGAGUUACGUUAUUUUAUCUUUUGAAAACAAUGGCGACUACAUGGACAUGAAACAAGCUGAUACCACACAGUAUGUCCCUAUGCUGGAGAGGAAAGAGGUGUCUAAAUAUUCAGACAUCCAAAGGUCUUUAUAUGAUCGCCCAGCCUCAUAUAAGAAGAAAUCUAUGUUAGACUCAGAAGUCAAAAAUCUCCUUUCGGAUGAUAACUCAGAAGGCCUUACUUUGUUGGAUUUGUUGAGCUUCACCUAUCAAGUUGCUCGAGGAAUGGAGUUUUUGGCUUCAAAAAAUUGUGUUCACCGAGACCUGGCUGCCCGCAAUGUCCUUCUGGCUCAAGGGAAAAUUGUGAAGAUCUGCGACUUCGGCCUAGCCAGGGAUAUAAUGCAUGAUUCUAACUACGUGUCAAAAGGCAGUACCUUUCUCCCGGUGAAGUGGAUGGCUCCUGAGAGCAUCUUCGACAACCUCUACACCACCCUGAGUGAUGUCUGGUCUUACGGCAUUCUGCUCUGGGAGAUCUUCUCCCUUGGUGGCACACCUUACCCUGGCAUGAUGGUGGAUUCGACUUUUUACAAUAAGAUCAAGAGUGGGUACCGGAUGGCUAAGCCUGACCAUGCCACCAGUGAAGUGUACGAGAUCAUGGUGAAGUGCUGGAACAGUGAGCCAGAGAAGAGACCCUCCUUCUACCACCUAAGUGAAAUUGUGGAGAAUCUUUUGCCUGGACAAUACAAAAAGAGUUAUGAGAAAAUUCACCUGGACUUUCUGAAGAGUGACCAUCCUGCGGUGGCACGCAUGCGUGUGGACUCUGAUAACGCAUACAUCGGCAUCACCUACAAAAAUGAGGAAGACAAGCUGAAGGACUGGGAGGGUGGCCUCGAUGAGCAGAGACUGAGUGCAGACAGUGGCUACAUCAUCCCUCUGCCUGACAUUGACCCUGUUCCUGAGGAUGAAGACCUGGGCAAGAGGAACAGACACAGCUCACAGACCUCUGAAGAGAGUGCCAUUGAGACAGGUUCCAGUAGUUCGACCUUCAUCAAGAGAGAGGAUGAGACCAUUGAGGACAUCGACAUGAUGGACGACAUUGGCAUAGACUCCUCAGAUCUGGUGGAGGACAGCUUCCUGUAA